AUGGCCCCCCGGGCGCACUCCGGGCAUGAGCCUUCCGCGAUAUUCGAUCCCGCAGCCAAAAGCUGCUCGCUCGAACCGCGGCCGACUCUACCAUCGCGGCUGCAGCUGUCGAGCUCUCCAGAAAACUGGUGCCUCAUAUGCUGCCUCCCUGCGGAUGCUGCCGGCGAGCCUGGCGGUCCGCUGUACUACAAGGAUGUGCUGACUCGAUUCUACCUCGAAUUCUUCUACCCCCUCGACUCGGAACGCGAAUGCAUUCGUGGCAUCCUAUGGGUCGUCCAGAGUAUCGACCUCUGGCUUGUCAGCCGCCCCACCGAGGGCACCAUGAAGCCGUGGCCGCGCGAUGAGCGCUGGGGUGGGCCUGCGGCGCCUCAGAGGCGGGUGCCCGAGGACGACCGGGUCGCUCGCGGCCGCGGUCCUCCGAACGGCCGGCCGUGGUACGGCGAGCGGGACGAGAGGCCCGACCGGCGCUACGACGAGCGCUUUGACGAGGGCAGGCGGGAGCGGGAGCGGCGGGAGGAGCGGCCAGCGGGCCGCACGGGCGACCCCAGCCGCACGAGGUACUUGAAUGAGAAUCGUUUCAAUCUCAACUCGUUUCUCCUCAAAUAG